AUGUAAACCCCAUCAGAUCCAGGAGAACUCAUGUUUCGUUUUGGAAAGGUAAAGAUAAAGGUUACGACUUUUUAGGUUUUUGUUUGUGUGGUUCAACCUGAUUGAAAAAAAAACCUCUCUGUUUCACCUGAUCCUCUGUUUUUGCUUUGUAUAAAGUUUUGAGCUUUUGUGUCCUCUCUUGUGAUCUGAAAAAAGGUUGAAACUUUGGGGGUUUCUAAUUAGGUGGUUUGGUUGAGAUAUUGAGCGUCUGCUCCUUCUGAUCUUAGGAGCGAGAUACAGAGGUUCCGUUGCAUAGAUCCGUCAGAUCUGUUAACCAAGAGUAUCGCUGAAGAUCAUGAAGAAGAAGAAGACGAUGAAGAUUGUCUUGCUCCAUUUUUAGCAGCUAACGUGUGGACGCACGCAGCAUAGGAACUUAUGGAAGAGAUUUCACCAGCAGUUGCACUAACUUUGAGUCUAGCCAACACGAUGUGUGACUCUGGAAUCUCAUCCAUCACCGAGCUAGAUAACGUUACCGAUGCAGUUAACAUGCUAUGUGAUCAGAACGGUGAGGUUGAGUAUACUAUGGAAGAAGAUGUUUCAAAGGAACCAGAAGAGAAGCCUUUAUCUCAAGCCAGAACCUUGUCUUCUGAUUACGCCCUAACAGUCCAAGAAUCAGAAUCAGAAGAAGAUGUAUUACUAUCUGAUGCUACUACCAUCACAGCAGAAGUCCUUAUCACGAGUCUGAACAUGGAGGAGGUGGUGACAGCUUCGGAGGUAGUCAUCAGCUUGCCUGAAGAGAAUCAUCAUCACAACGUAGCAAGAGGAGGAAGCAGGAGCGUCUACGAGCUAGACUGCAUACCUCUUUGGGGCACUGUUUCAAUCCGCGGCGAAAGAUCAGAGAUGGAAGAUGCUGUUAGAGCGUUACCACGUUUUCUCAAAAUACCGAUUAAAAUGCUUAUGGAAGGAGAUCAAGAAGGGAUGAGUCCGAGCCUCACACACCUCACUAGUCACUUCUUCGGUGUAUACGAUGGCCACGGAGGCCUACACGUUGCUGACUAUUGUCAUGAUAGAAUCCAUUUUGCUUUGGCUGAAGAGAUCGAAUGGACCAAAGAGGAGCUCUGCGAGAGGAACACUGGGGAAGGGAGGCUUCAGGUGCAGUGGGAGAAAGUGUUUUUCGACUGUUUCUUGAAGGUUGAUGAUGAGGUUAAAGGGAAGAUCAACAGACCUGUCGUUGGUUCUCCUGAUGAGAUGGUUCUUGAAGCUGUUUCUCCUGAAACCGUGGGAUCAACGGCCGUGGUUGCUUUGGUUUGCUCUUCGCAUAUAAUAGUCUCGAACUGUGGUGACUCGAGAGCGGUUUUGCUACGUGGCAAAGAGGCUAUGCCUUUAUCAGUUGAUCACAAACCAGAUAGAGAGGACGAGUAUGCAAGGAUAGAGAGAGCUGGAGGAAAAGUUAUUCAGUGGCAAGGCGCUCGUGUUUCUGGCGUUCUCGCCAUGUCCAGGUCCAUUGGUGAUCAAUAUUUGGAGCCAUAUGUGAUACCAGAGCCCGAAGUGACGUUUAUGCCACGGGCAAGAGAAGACGAGUGUUUGAUAUUGGCCAGCGAUGGGCUUUGGGAUGUGAUGAGUAACCAAGAUGCUUGCGAGUUUGCGAGGAGACGGAUCUUGUGGUGGCACAAGAAGAAUGGAGCUUUGCCUUUAGCUGAGAGAGGUGUAGGGGAAGACCAGGCGUGCCAAGCUGCUGCUGAUUAUCUCUCGAAGCUCGCUCUCCAGAAGGGAAGCACGGAUAAUAUCUCGGUCAUUGUGGUUGACCUGAAAGCUCAAAGAAAGUUGAAGAUCAGGGCUUGAAACAGUGUACACUCGAGCUCUUACAGUACUAUAUUUUUUUUAGUAUUUUUUAAUGUCACAAGUUUACGUAAAAAUAAGAAGUUGAUGAUGAUGCAUAGCGAAAAGUCCAUUCCUUUUACACGUGGACUUGAAUGUGUAUGUUAUGUAUAAGAAACAGAAGCGAAAUGUGUUUUUUUUUUCCUUUUAUUUUGGGUUCUUUAUAAAAUGUGGAUGGAUAUGUUGUGUGAUAUUGGAGAUGUGGCUUAAGGAAAAUGUAAUUGAUGUUUGUCA